UUCAGCCUCCGAGCCAGCGACCAAACAGCAGCUCCAACUUCAGCGCACAUCGGAAAUACUGAGCAGGAAACGGGCUGCUGGAGGGACACCGACCGUUCACUGUCGCUUCACCUGCAGUGGGAUAAAAACACCUUCAGCGGGACAAAAGGCCCAGCAUGGCGGCCCCCUUCCCCCUCUGAACCCAGCCCACACUGGAGGUGAGAGAGCAGCAAAGAAGGGGCAGCUCGUCUUUGUCCUACCGGGGAGAGGACCAGAGCUUCAGUCUGUCUCUGAAGUCGUCCUGCUCUUAUCAGUGUCAGAGUAAACCUGCUGUCACAGAGCCAUGCUGGAGUGACUGAUCCAGUUCCCGUCGAUCCAGUGUGACCAGUGAGCGGCUUAAGGUGGACUGCAUCAUCAUGGAACAAUAGCAUUGGGAGUCAAAGCUCGACCUCUUUCUCCUCAUCCUCCUCCCCCCAUUUCUUUUUCUCUCGGACUCACUCUGUACUGAAAGCAUCCCCCUAACAAACACCCACCCACUCACUCAUGCAGGACCCUUCUGACCACUCCUCCCACGCAAGUCACGGUCCACUCCCACCGUCUCUCCAGCCAGUCAGGCGGUGAGCGGCUGGAAGCCGUGUAAUCCUCUGUGAAGUAUAGCGCCUAUACGGCCGCAUAUGCUCCCCUUUGUCAUGGCGGCUGUUGUUGUUGUGGAGGCCUCCCCCAGGAGAGCGCAGGACGGAGAACAGAAGGCAGCAUAAAGCUCACAAAGGCAGGAAGGGAGCUGGAGAGCGAGUGAGAGAAGGAGACGCUGCAGAUUGUUUGGCUGGAGGGGAGUGGACUUCACAGGGCAGCGGAUGGUGCUCAGUCGGUGUGAAACUCCAUAAUGUGGGGCUGGCACUAUCUCCCCAAACCAAACACAAAGUGGACCAACAGUCAACUCUGGAGAUACUUGCCACCUGCUGAGCAGCAGCGGGGAAUGCAGUGAAGACAAAGUGGACCAGAUUUUUUUUCUUUUCUUUUUUUUGUGUCUUCGUGUGGAAUAUUUUUCUCUUUUUGUUCUGUUUGGUGGUCUUUGUGAUUACAGCCUACCAAAAGUGCCUUUACCUGUGACUUUGCAUUGUCUUCGGACAUACUGAAGUUAAAUUUUUCACAGAUUAUCACUGACUUGACAUUUGUCGUGUGCUGCCAUUUUCUGGAUUAUAUGGGAAGUAAAAGGCUCAACGCCACCUCCCACUAAACCUGACAAUCAUCACCUGCUACGUCUGAGCAGCAACUCCUGUGAGCGCCAAGUAUCUCCACUGGACCCAUCCGAGCCGUCACCAUGUUCAGUAUUCAGUCCAAAUGGCGCUACCUUAUCAUGUUCCUGGGCAUCCAGCUGGUGGUGAUGGCGCUGCUGUCCCGAGAGGGAUACCAGAAGAGGGUCACUUACUUCAUACGCAUCUUCCGCAAGCCGGACGGCGGCGCUUUAUCAGGCCGCAACCACACCACACCCACUAUCAGUGGAGGGGACGUGUACGCAAACCUCUCCCACCUGCCCAAAGCUCACGGCCAUCGAGAUGAUAUGCCCUACUGUCCCAAGACGUCCCCUUUAAUAGGAGGGCCGAUCCACGUCAGCUUCCCGUCACGCCUCAGUCUGGCUGAGGUUGAGAGGAAGAAUCCGCUGGUGGUCCGCGGCGGACGAUACAGGCCGCCGGACUGUGUGGCGAGGCAUCGCACGGCCAUCAUCAUUCCCCACAGACACCGAGAGCACCACCUUAAGUUCCUGCUCUACUACCUGCAUCCCUUCCUGCAGCGGCAGCAGCUCACAUAUGGCAUUUACGUCAUCCACCAGGCUGGAAACUACACCUUUAACAGAGCCAAGCUGAUGAACGCUGGUUUCCGGGAGGCCAUGAAGGAGGAGGACUGGGACUGUCUCUUCUUCCAUGAUGUGGACCUCAUUCCAGAAGACGACCGGAAUACUUACGUCUGUGACUCGAACCCUAAGCACGCGGCCAUCGCCAUGGACAAGUUCGGCUACAAGCUUCCAUACAAGAUGUAUUUUGGAGGCGUGUCAGCUCUGACGCCCCUGCACUACCUUAAAAUGAAUGGUUUCCCCAACAAUUACUGGGGCUGGGGCGGCGAGGACGACGACAUUGGAGUCAGAGUCUCUCUGGCUGGGAUGUACAUCACUCGUCCUUCACUGAAGGUGGGCCGGUACAAGAUGAUCAAACACAAGCUGGACAAAGGCAACGACGUGAACCCAAAGAGGUUCAACAUGCUCGCUAAGACGCGUCAGACCUGGAGGACGGACGGGAUGAACACGGUGGAAUACGAGGUGAUCUCGCGGGAGUAUCUGCCCCUCUACACCAACAUCACCGUGAACAUCGGCACGGAGGCCGGCCUUCACCCGCCGCCCCGGACCCCCGCCCCUGCUCCCAAGGCUGAAGCUAAAGACGUCGCUGAAAAGCUCAAAGAGAAGUAGUCCUCGCUACUCUCACGUCAGACGGAUAAUCCUUUCAGUACAUGCUGUAUGAAGGUGUUGGGGGUUUUUUUUCUCUAGAUUUUUUUCUUCUUUCAGUUUUGUCGCCCGAGCUUCACUCCGCCUUGGGUGAUGAAACACCUAAAUCUAUGAAAGAUGGAUCAACAGGAACUGAAUCCUCAGCUCUUCUAAGUGACGUGCCGCUUCCUCCGGUCCUGCUCUAAUUUAUUCUUCCGAGGGAGCCGCAACCGAGAGAGGGGGGCGGGGCUAACAGUUGGACUCUAUGAGUUUAUAUAUCUGCAGCGCUGUGGUCGCUGGUUUAACCGUGUGAGGCCUUAGAAUCUAUUUUUUUGUCUCGUCUUUUCACUCGUACCUUACUCUACCGAGGAUGGUGGAUUUGAAGGAGCAGCAGUCGCACUGUGUCAAACUCUCAAAGCACCAAAGGGGUUUUCUGUGCUUCUGCCACAGUCAAGGCAAAGAAAGGAGUCUGUUCUCGCUUCUGCACACCUGUCUGUGAACACCUUCAGUUUACAAAGACAAACUGCAAGUGCUGCCCAUGACCUUUUUUUAAGUUUAUAGAUGAGUUUGUGGAAGUACAGCAGGAGUGAUUUCAUUCUGUAGAUGAAGUUGCAGCUCCUCUUUUUUUCCAGCCUUUUACAUCAUCUCCUUAAACUUCAGUACGUCUGCCGUCUUCUGAUUGAAUUCAUCUCUUCUGUGUCUGAUUUAAAUGAGGUUAAGCUUUGCAUCAAAAUGGAGUCUCUUUUUUUCUUUUCUCUGAUGCUUUAUAUGCAGUGAAUUUUGAUGUGACACUAAUUAUCCUCAAUCUGCACAAAUCUGGGAAAUUCAAUGGAACGAUGAACUUCAAUGGUCAAAUUUAUAAAGCUAAUCAAACAUUAGAAGAAAACUAAUCAAUAAUUAAUUCCAAUGAAAGAGGAAGAUAUUAGACGUAGUUUAUGUAAAUCCUGGUGUUUUUAAAAAUGGUUAAACCUUUGAGAAAACAACACAUCCAUGUGUAGUGUGGAAAAGGUUUCGAGGUGUUUAAAGAAAGGCUACACACUUUAGUGUAAUGCCAAUUUAAGCCACAAGAUGGAGCCGCAACCUUAAAAAGAACUUGUUGAUGGAGCUAAAUAGAAAUGUCAGAAGUUGAAAGAACAGCUUGUCGCACUUGCUGGUGAAAUGCUGCCCCCAGUGGUGAAAGGUGUAGUUACAUGUUGUAACUUUAAGGUGCCUUUAAACUAUUUUAAUUACUGAAACAAGAACACUGAAUGAUGGCCUUGUGGGAAAUUCAGUUUCCAGGUUUUUCCUGUAACAUUGAGUCAUUUUGGUACAAAUUAUUUGAGGAUCUUUGUGAAGAAACUGGCACUUGCUUUACUUAACCACAGAGAUAUCAGCAGCCACCCACUCAAACAGUGUUUAUACGAGGCAAGAAUGGACGGCAAAAAUGUUGUGUGUGGGGGGGGUGAAUUUAUUUUUGUAAUUUAAACUAAAUAAAUAAAUAAAAUGUGGUUUGAACAUGUAAUUCAAAUUCAAUUUUUAUGUAAUACAGAUUAUGUAGACAACAAAAUAAGGUGGACGGACAUUAGCUCAGUCUUGAUUAUAAUUGGUCAACUGGACGAACAGACAGAAUUGAAAAAACACUAAUGUAAGUUUGAAUGAUGCAUGCAGAAUAUUAUUAUUUUUUAACAAACCAUGCAGCAACACUGAAAUGGCUCAAAUGUAGAAAUGAACAAGAAAAGUGUUUAUUUUCUUGUUAAAUUAUGCCUUUAUUUUAUAAGUCAUCUUUUUGACCUACAUAUGCCUGAGUUUCUUCCACUGACAGAUCUGAGAGAGAGAGAGAGGGUGUGUGUGUGUGUGUUUGGGGGGGGGGUCGUCACCAGUGUGGCUGGUUGUAUUGACAAAAACCAAAGAGGAUGAUGAUGAUGGUGUGAAAAACUGUGAAAAAAAUAUAGUCCAAAUAUUUGUGUAACACUGUCGGCGCAGAAACACUACAGACCACACAGUAGUUUUUAGGUGUAGGACAGAGACUGUAUAUAAAAGAUGGCAGAGAUCUGUGGACUUACUGUUUCAUGUGACGGUCCAAAAUGAGCGGACCUCUGAGCAGCCACAGAACCAACAUGUACAUUUAUUAAAGUAAAAAUAAAAAAAUGUUUUUGAUGGAAAGGAUCGAUGUGAUGUCACAGUGGCUCCGUCCAUCAUUUAUAUACAGUCUAUUAUCUGCAGCGGGCUUCUGUACGGUGAGAUGAACAGGAAGCAGUCAGUCCCCUCGAUCAGCUCUACAUGUUAGUGUAGUCCCGUCUUUGGAGCCACCUGCUGGUCGUUAGAAAAGAUUGCCAUCUUUUAUAUACAGUGUGUGGACAGGAAUCAUUUUUGAUGAUUUUUGUUUUUUGGCUCGUAAAGACCUUCGUUUUGUUGUGUUCUGUGUUGUUUAAAGACUAUUACUUUACUAUGAAAUCAUAUUCAACCUUUGGCCUUACACACUCAUAUAAUAUCAUCUAUGUAUCUGUA